CAAACUGACCUCGGCUGUUUGACUUAUUGAUUUCUGUUAGAGUGGGGAUCCUAAAGUAUCCCUCCCAUCCUGUUGGUGGUACUCCAUCCAGAACGCACUGUGUUCCGGCUCCGUGGCUCCGGCACAUCCUUUGGUCCUCCAGAGGUUGCUGCAGAAGAAGGUUAGGAAGGCUCUGGCUGACUGGUCUGCUGCUGGGUGCCCCGGGCGCCUGGAUGGGAUGGCUCCCACAGGACCCGCUCCCACUGAUCAUUACUGUCUAUGAAUAGCUGCUGCAUUGCAGAUGGAGGGAAGGACAGGAAGGAAGUGUAGUAAUGGGUGGAGAAGAGCAAUGGUUUGUGGAGAAAAGGGGAAAGGGGAAUCACGCUGUGUGUGUGUGUGUGUGUGGUUAGGGACAAGUGAGAUUUCACUUUCAAGGACACUCAGGUCCCCCACUGUGGUAAUCUGAAGAAAUGCUGGCUAUCUUUCUGUUUUCAAUAUCUGCUUGAACAACAAAUCAUCACGUCAGCGUACUGCAGGCGGGUGUAUAAACAAAGUGUGAUUGUCUGGCAGCAAUAAGACGGAGAGAGACCGGUGCUUGGAGGAGUGAGUGAAGACAGCCAGACAGGGUGGAAAAGGAGAUGAUAAAGAGGAUGUGUCCACCGCCUCAUUACAUUUCAGAGUCUUUGAUUAACAUGAAAUGAUUGCUGUUGUCUGUGCACCCACUCUAAAAUGAAGACACAUUCUGUUGAAGGAGGAUAUGGCUUUUAUUUACUCCCUGGAGACAGUGUGCUAACCCUGACCAAAAAAAGCCUACUAAGUGCCUAUGAUUCUCAUGGCCAGAAGAAUUCACGGGAACAAUAGUGUUGUGGUGAUUAUGGAAAUUUUGACCAAAAAAUGCUCUUGUUUAUUAUAUAUUUUGUCUUUUUUUUGUUAAAUUAAUAACAUUUGUUAUACAAAUACUUUAACAAAGCAAGAACAGAAAGAAACAAAUACUUUGAGAGCUGCUGGAUUAUUUGCAGGAUGUUAUUAUAUAUUAUGUUAUUGUCAGUAAUAGUUACAAGUGACACCCCUAGCUUGAGUCAGACUUCCAGCAUUCAUUGGCCCCAGUUGCUGCUUUUCUUCAUUUGAUGUGAUGGUUAACUCAGUAUCUUUGAUUUUCUGACUUUUUGUAACAGGUCUAAACAGAAUAUAACUGCAUAUACUAUUUUAAACAGAUUGGCUGAUAUCAUUGAUUUAUGUCUGGCCUGUUGACUGAUGAUGAUGAUGAAGAUGAAGAUGACGAUAAUGAUCAUUCCUCUCUGCUACAACAUGCCUGUGGCCUGUGUUGCAUUAUUUGGCAGAAAUGUGACAUUAAUUUGUCCUUGUGGUGAAUGUUUGUGGUUUAGUUUGAGCAUGAAAAAAAGGCUUUGGCACUGACGGUAAAACUCUGUAGCCCUCCUAUCCUCCCUCCUCCCUCUCCGUUCAUAUACUCUCCAUACUCCGCUCACUACCUUCCAGUCGCGGUUACCGGGCGUGCGGUUGCCAAGAGAGACGCUCGGUCAGUACAGUGCGCAGCUUUAACGGCAGAGCGGCUCGGGCUCUCCCCCGCCAUUUCCUCGUGCCGAGCCCUGGAAUGUCGAGUAGCGGCUCGGGCUCUUCCUCGCGGAAGGAGUUCGACGUGAAGCAGAUCCUCAGGAUCCGAUGGAGGUGGUUCGGUCACCCCGCGGUCCCUCCGCCUCACUCCCCGCCGCUGGGAGACUACUUCGCCGGGAGGAGAACGGGCGGCAGCUCCGGGGAUGGACCUUCAGUUAGCGGCUGUGGCAACCCGAAUCCAGGCAGCGUAAACCCCGGUGCGGGGAGUCACGGCGGGCUGGUGGUCAGCGGCAGCGCCGGGUCUAACCUGUGUAACGGCAGCAACAGAAAGUUUGCUGAUCCGGCGGGGAGUCGGGGCGGUCCGGGGGGGGCGGCAGCUGGAGCGACGGGGAGCUCCUGUCCCCGCUCCUUCAGCCAGCCAGAGUGCAGGAGCUCCGCCGCGGGGCUGUCGUGGGUCUCCCCGCCGCCUCGUCGUCGCUCCCGGCCGCUGACGAGCAUGGAGCCACCGGGCGAAGCUCCCGUGGCUCCGCUGGUACCCGAGCCCACCGCUCAUGUGGGGGCUGAAGAGGAGGCGGCGGCGGCGGCGGCAGCAGCAGCUGGAGCGGGAGCGUCGGGCACUGAAGAUAACAUCCAUCCGGAAACUGACUCCAGCUCCUGCAGGACGUCGAACAGCAGUGCCACGCUGUCCUCAUGCGUGUCGAUGGAGCCAUGUGCGUGUCCAGAGGAGUGUAUGUUCACCGCUCUGUCCCACGCCGACGCUACCUUCCGCAAGAUGGAGGGCUACCUGAGGUCCCGACAGCUGUGUGAUGUCAUACUGGUGGCUGGAGAGAGGCGGAUACCUGCACACAGACUGGUCCUCUCGUCCGUGUCAGACUACUUCGCGGCCAUGUUCACCAGUGAUGUGAGGGAGGCCAAGCAAGAAGAGGUGAAGAUGGAAGGAGUAGACCCGGAUGCAUUGUGGGUCCUGGUGCAAUAUGCAUACACAGGCCGUCUCGAGUUGAGGGAGGACACCAUUGAGUCUCUGCUGUCUGCCUCCUGCCUGCUCCAGUUGUCAUCUGUGGUUCAGGCCUGCUGUUCGUUCCUCAUGAAGCAGCUCCACCCCUCCAACUGUCUGGGUAUCCGCUCCUACGCCGACGCCCAGGGCUGCCAUGACCUGCAGAGGGCUGCUCAUGCCUACACCAUGGAGCACUUUUUGGAGGUGGUGGGAGGCCAGGAGUUCCUCCUGCUCCCAGUGGAGGAGAUGGAGAGGCUGCUCACGUCCGAUGACGUUAACGUGCCAGAUGAGGAAACCGUAGUUACCUCUUUGCUAACAUGGGUUGCUCAUGAUUCUGUCACGCGGGAACGCCACCUACCCCUGCUGCUGGCUCACAUCCGACUGCCACUGCUGCAGCCACAGUUCUUGGCAGACCUGGAGUCUAACCCUCUGCUGCGAGACAGUAUGGAAUGCCAGCGACUGCUGAUGGAGGGGAUGAAGUAUCACCUCCUGCCUCAGCGCCGACCCCUGCUUCAGAGUCCCCGCACACGGCCACGCAAGGCCACCGUGGGGGCCAUGUUUGCCGUAGGGGGCAUGGAUGCUACAAAAGGUGCUACCAGCAUUGAGCAGUACUGCCUGCGUCGGGACACCUGGAGGCAGGUCGCCACCAUGAGUGGACGCAGACUGCAGUUUGGCGUAGCUGUCCUCGACGGCCGUCUCUAUGUGGUGGGCGGCCGAGAUGGACUCAAGACCCUCAACACUGUGGAGUGUUACAACCCACACAGCAAGACGUGGAGUGUCAUGCCCCCAAUGUCCACACACAGACAUGGCUUAGGUGUAGCUGUCCUGGAGGGGCCCAUGUACGCUGUAGGAGGACACGAUGGCUGGAGCUACCUCAGCACAGUGGAAAGGUGGGACCCUCAGGCUCGCCAGUGGAGCUUCGUUGCAAGUAUGGCUACACCCAGAAGCACAGUGGGAGUAGCUGUGCUCAAUGGCAAGCUGUAUGCAGUAGGAGGUCGUGAUGGCUCAUCCUGCCUGCGCUCAGUCGAGUGUUUCGACCCCCACACCAACAGGUGGAACGGCUGUGCUCCUAUGGCUAAAAGGCGUGGGGGUGUGGGCGUGGCCACAUGGCAUGGCUUCCUGUACGCAAUCGGAGGACAUGAUGCUCCAGCCUCGUCCCUUGCAUCUCGGCUAAGUGACUGUGUGGAGAGGUACGACCCUCAGACAGAUGUGUGGACGGCAGUAGCCCCCAUGAGCAUCAGCAGAGAUGCUGUCGGUGUUUGUCUCCUUGGUGACCGUCUCUAUGCUGUGGGCGGUUAUGAUGGCCAGGUGUAUCUCAACACUGUUGAGGCUUACGACCCUCAGACGAAUGAGUGGACACAGGUAGCACCCCUGUGUGUGGGCAGGGCAGGAGCGUGUGUGGUGGCCGUCCGACUGUGAAAACACAAACACCAAACGUUCAACAGAGGACUGUCCAUGAUGUGGCUCAGAGACCUUCCUCCGGCUGGCGUGGUUUUAACCAACGUCACUCCAAGAAACUCAUCUGCCUACCAGCAUGUGAGCAACACACAGAGGUGACAGACUGAUUACUGAUCACAUGUCAGCCAAGUCACAUUUUUACUCUCCUCAACGACUGCCUGUGAUUGUUUUUAGGGUUUGUUUUAGGGUUAAGUCAUGUCAGGUUCCGGAUAAAGUUUUCAUAUGUGAACAUCCUGAUGACUUCUGCCACAGAUGUGAAGCACCACCGACACCGCAGAGGAGAGGAAUCUGCAGUGUUUAUCUGAGCAUGACAGAACAGCUGUCUCGCAGCUUCAUUUUUUUUCAUGCCUAUUAUUUUCUUCCCGUAGACAAAGUGGGACUCACACUCAUACACACACUCAUACACGCACACAUACACACAUACACAGACACACAUACCAACAUGUCUGCUUUCAGCUUCUAUUUCUGCUGACAGAAAGGUGAGAGAGACAGAGAGAGCUUGUCAAGGCCGUCGAGAUGCCUCAUCAUUUUACGCACUCGGUUUUCCUAACGAUAUCUGAUCUUGUGUAUUGAUGCUAUUUUAAUAUAUUCCCUAUUAUUUUAUGCUGCAGUCGGCAACUGCUCCCCUCCCCUCCUUUCUUCUCCUUUCUUGCCCGCUGACGGAUAAAAGGAAGACUUUUGACAUAAUCAGCACAACCUUAUGAGCAGCUGUACUGUAACAAACUGUGACACUCUUUAUUCUUUUCCAGUCAAAAACAUAUCAUCAUGUUUUAUCUAACAUUUGCUGUGCGUAUGUCUUCCACGUUGCAUCAGCUCACAUCUGAAGCAUACAGUAUACUGUGAGUUAUUGUAGCUUUUUUAUAAGCUACUCGGGCAAAUUAUCCAACUUUUUACAGUCUAAUUGUGCCAUUUUUUUUUUUUUAAAUAAUUGAGGUCCAUGAAGUGCUGUUACUGAGUCUGCAGCCCGAGUGGCCCUUUGUUGAUGCCUGUAGGGAAAUUUUAUUUUCACUUUCCUACAGAGCCAAAGGUCAGUUCUUUAUAGGCUUGGUCUUAAUACAGCAUCACUCGAGCUUUUAGCUGUCUUUCUCUCCACUAUAGUUGUUUCCUCAGUGUGUGUGUGUGUGUGUGUGUGUGUGUGUGUGUGUGUGUGUGUGUGUGUGUGUGUGUGUGUGUGUACACAUCCGUUUGGGUGUUCAGAGAUUGCAAGGAGUGUAUUUUUAUCUCAAAUGAGAAUCUUCCCGCUCCCCUCUCCCCACAUCUUCAAUUCCCUGCUGCUUUCUCUUCAUUCCUAUUUUCCCAUUUCAACACACACACACACACACACACACACACACACACUCACUCUUAGAGCAGAAUUGAACACCCAGACAAAAUGAACAACAGACCAUAUAAUGAGACCAUGAAUUUAAUAACGCAGAUCCAGCCAGUGCGACGUUUUGUUUGAUGUUGAGUUCAAAGCGUUAUUAGAUUUGUUACUGCUGCAGACAGAGUAUCACACGUGGAGUGGAGAAAAUGAAACAACCUAAUGUUAUGAACACAUGAGGUCGUUUGCGGGCUCGAUUCAGGAAACGUAAACGUCAGGAAACUUCAAGCUUACAAAGAUGCUGACUGCAGGUUUGAUACUUAUAUGUCACAAACAGUUUAUGCUGUAUGCUUAAUUGUUUAUUUUCCCUGUGCGGCUCAGUCUGCUCCUCUAGUGUGUGUGUGUGUGUGUGUAUGUGUGUGUGUGUGUCUAGUGUACAGAAAGCAAAUGCCUGACAGGGAGAGGCAAAGCAGGCAUCCUGUCUGAACUGACAGAUCUAGAGCUAAUGUAGCCCCCAGGAUGCACUCCAUAAACACACAUGGACAUAUCUCUCACACACACACACACACACACACACACACACACACACACACUUAACCGCACAGCUGAAAGCCAUGUGCCCCAGGAGCCGGUGAAGAUUGAAAAGCCUCCCAUAUUUGCCGGCAUGACAUCUAAAAAAGCAUAGACGGGCAGGCCAGCGAUUCCCACAGCUGAGCUGAUGUUUAUUCAGGCCUAAUGCGUCGCUGCAUUACUCUAUUUUCUUCUCUUUCAAACCUGCCCGCUGUUUAUUUUGAGUCAUUCUCUUCAGAUCAGAGCACGAAAAGUGUGCUGCCGCUGUGCAGAUUUCAGUCAGAGGUUUCAAAACAAAGACAUUCCAAAUCAAUCUAUGUAUUGAGUGUAUAUUAUGUAUAUAAAUAAAUAUGAAAUCUGUAUGUAGUAUUAUUUAUGGAAGCACAUAUCUGCCAGUUGAAAAAAAAGGAUGAAAUUUUGCCUCGAUUUAAAAAAAAAAAAAA